AUGGCUGGACAACUAAGUGAAGCUAAACCAAGGAACAUGGUCUCUUCUUCAGUUGGGUUCUGCUACUCUGAUGUACCCAGCAACCCAACCAUUCAUCAAACCCAGUUCACCAAUCAGAUCCAAGACUUUGGCUCCAACCCAGAGAUCUUCAACUUGACCACAGGGAUGGAGAUGAUAGGUUUCCUAAAGCAGAAUGAAAGUAACAACAACUCAGCUAUGUGGAAAGCUGGCUUCUUUGGCAAACCAGGGAACCACCAAGCAGGCCCAUCUUCUUCAAAGACAAUCAAUGAGUCAACAAGUUCUGAUUUUUAUCAUCACCAGCAUGAGUUUAACAACAAGCAACCUGAUUUCUCAACUGGGAUUUCAGAAACAAGUAGUGAUCAUCAUCAGAAUCUAAUGGUAGGACCUCAACAUCAAGACUCCUCUGGGGCUUGGCAAGAGAAUAGGUUCCUUGUUGAUGAUUCUUCUCUGAGGUGUGUGUUUCCGUGUGAAGGAAAUGAGAGGCCAAGCCAAGGCCUUUCACUCUCUCUUAGCUCAAACAAUCCUUCUAGUAUUGGGUUGCAGUCCUUUGAACUGAGGCAGACCAAUCAGCAUCAACCACAUCAGCAAGACCAACAAGAUGAUGAUGAUGAAGAAAAUGAUGAUCACAUGAGGUUUAUUUCUUCUGCUUCAAGAGAUAGUGUUGGGCUCUUUGGAAAACCAUCAGCAAAUAUGCAGCAGCAGAUGAAUAUGAUGCAAGAUGGGUUUUUGGGAAAAGCUACAGCUUCUUCAAGUCUUCAUCCUGAAGGGCUGUUCCAUCUCAGAAACUCAAAGUACUUGGCUCCUGCUCAGCAACUUCUCAAUGAGUUUUGUAGCCUUGGAACCAAGCCAAGUACUGAUCACCACCAUCCAUCAAAGGAAAAGCCCCACAAAAACAAGCUGUGGGAACAAGAAGACAAUGGCACUACUAGUUCUUCAAGAAACAAACAAUCCAAUAUUUACUCCCUUGAAUUUGUGGAGUUGCAGAAGAGAAAAACCAGACUGCUUUCAAUGCUAGAAGAGGUGGAGAGAAGAUACAAGCACUACUGUGAUCAAAUGAAGGCAGUGGUCUCGUCCUUUGAAACUGUGGCUGGUGCUGGGGCUGCCACAGUGUACUCAGCCUUGGCUGCAAAGGCCAUGUCACGACAUUUCAGGAGCUUGAAAGAUGGGAUUGUGAGUCAGAUUCAGGUCACAAGAAAAGCCAUGGGAGAGAAGGAUCCAGUGGCUCCAGGCACAACAAAAGGUGAAACACCAAGGCUUAGGAUUCUUGAUCAAACACUUAGACAGCAGAGAGCUUUCCAGCAGAUGAACAUGAUGGAGAGUCAUCCAUGGAGACCUCAACGUGGCCUUCCUGAGAGAUCAGUCUCUGUUCUUCGAGCUUGGCUCUUUGAACACUUUCUUCACCCGUACCCUAGCGAUGUUGAUAAACAUAUCUUAGCCCGCCAAACGGGUCUCUCAAGAAGCCAGGUCUCCAAUUGGUUCAUUAAUGCAAGAGUUAGGCUAUGGAAGCCCAUGGUUGAAGAAAUGUACUUGGAAGAAACAAAAGAGCGUGAAAACAACAUGAACAACUUGACCUCUUCAGAUGGGAUCACAACAGACCCCGGGGACAGCAGCCGAUCGGGUCAAAACCCGCUUCACAUCCGUCCCGAGGAUCAAAAACCCACGCCCGACCAGCUCGUCCGAAUAGACUCCGAGUGCCUCUCCUCCAUCAUCACAAACCCAGACAAAAAUCAUGACUCCAGAAGCAGCAAAAGCACCCUCUUAAACCACCACAUGAACCCACAACAAAGUUUUGGGAGGGUAAAUGAGUCAUUUGGGACAAUGGAGCUGGAUUUUUCAUCCUACAAUCACCAUCAGCAACACUCUGGAGGGACAGUUUCUUAUGCCAAUGAUCAUCAUCACAAUCCAAAUCAGGGUUUCAAUGGUGGAGGCGUGUCGUUGACAUUAGGGUUGCAACAGCAUGGUGGCAAUGGGGUGAGCUUAGCAUUCUCUCCUGCCUCACAGAGCUCUCUAUUUUACCCGAGAGAUCACAUUGAAGAAUGCCAACCAGUUCAAUACUCUCUCUUAGAUGGGGAAGGCCAGAAUACUUUGCCCUACAGAAAUUUGAUGGGGGCACAGUCGCUACAUGACUUGGCUGGAUAG